AUGCGUUUUCCCGGGCGUGCAGCCGCACGCUCUAAUCUCGGAGCGUGGAUUCUCCUCCUCGCAGCCACGCUCACUGUCGGCGCUGCUGCUUGCUCCCUUUCCAGCGCUACUAGUACUACUACUAAUCGCCCACCGCCGCGGCGAGAUGUCCCACAGCGGCUUCUGUCCAGACAACGCCUGCUGUCUCGCGCUCGGCCCAGCCGUGCCCAACGCUCCCUUCUAAAGCUCGCCGCUACCGGCGGCGCUGCCGCGGCCGACGCGAGCGUUGGAAUCGUUCUUGAAAAUUCGCAAUUGAAGGCGCUGCUGCAGCUGAAUGCAGCGUGGGGCGUGUGGGUGGGCAACAGCAACGCCACCACGGCGUGCUCUGCAUGGGAAGGCGUCACCUGCAGCCCCAACGGGCUCGUCGUUUCCCUGAAUUCAAAUCUAAUGCUGCCUAAUCGGGAUUCCCCCCCUCCCUCCAUCAUACCUGCCUCCAUCACCGGUCUUUCCACUUUGCAACUCCUUAAUCUGACCUUCUUUUGUCUGUUCAGGCCCAUUCCAUCCCUCGCCACUCUCACUGACCUCACGCACCUAUUCAUCGGCACUCUGGACGGACUGGCCUGGCACAUCGGCACUCUGGACGGACUGGCCUGGCUCUCCUCCCUCACCAACCUGCAAAUACUGUCUCUACAGUACUUGCCAUUCACAGGGGACCUGUCCUCCCUGCACAUUCUUUCACACCUGAGAAGCCUACAUCAGCUGCAUGUCAGUAGGCUCACCAACGCCACAGGGGAGAUACCCAGAGAGCUUCAAUACCUGACUGCCCUCACUGCACUGAACGUGCGUACAAAGUAUCCACACCGGCAGGGGCGAUUGCUGAAUGAUGACCUCUCUCAGCUCACAGCACUCACCUUCCUCAUCCUUUACGGAAACAACCUGGAAGGCUACCUCCCCAAUAGCUGGACCAAUCUGGUCCACCUGCAAAAUCUGUGA